GGCUGGUUUAAACGAAACCCAUUGCGGUUAUUUACUUUCCGGUUCCAGUAAAGAGUCCUCGUGCAGAUCGUUUUAGAUGAAAGGGGCGAGUCCUGGUUAGAUGGGUUAAUGGUGGGUUAAACGUAACUGAAAGACUAACUUUUUAUUUAUUUUUUUAUUGACAAGAGAAACAGCAACAGACGGCUGAGAUGGCAGAGCCUGAAUGCACUGAAACUUCCACCGAAGAGCUUUCUGUGAAACAAGAGAAGGAGGCAGCAUCAGUGGAGGAUGAACAGACUUGGGAGGAAGACACUGAGGAGGAGGAUGAGGAGGCACUGCCUCACUCGGAAUUCUUGGAUAUCUUUGAAGAAGGAUUGGUCCUCUUAGUGCAAGACCCCCUUCUCUGUGACCUGCCCAUUCAGGUGACCUUAGAGGAGGUGAACUCCCAGGUGGCUCUAGAGUACGGCCAGGCCAUGACCGUCCGCGUGUGCAAGGCUGAUGGAGAAGUCAUGCCCGUGGUGGUGGUGCAGAACGCCACGGUUCUGGAGCUAAAGAAGGCCAUCCGCAGGUUUGUGGAGCUGAAGCAGCAACGAGAGGGCGGAGUGCAACAUAUCAGCUGGAGGUACUUGUGGCGGACGUACCACCUGGUGUUCAACGGCGAGAAGCUGGAGGAAGACAAGACGAAGCUGAAAGACUACGGGAUACGGAACCGGGACGAAGUGACCUUCAUGAAGAAGCUGAGGAGGAAGUGAACGCCGGCGAGAUAGGUAUCACUUGCCGUGUGUCUCUGGAACCCGGAUCUUGCGCGCGUCCCACCGUCUCACUCGGCACUGUGGCGUGUCGAGUACAGAAAAGGGAGGAACUGCUGGACUACUGAUGUUCUGCUCCGGACUGCUGGAUAGGAUCUAGAAUCACGCUAAAGACACAGGGAGCCUUGAACUGCUGUGGCAUUGUGUUUAUUGCUUUCAUAUUUAAUUUUUCUAUGCUAUGAGGCUGUAACAGACACUUUUUUGGUCCAAUGUAAAGUUUGAAUAUUUAUAAAAAAAAAUUUAAAAAGUUAAAUAAAGAAAAGUCCAUCAUC